AUGGCAAAAACUACGUACAGUCAUCAGAGUUAUCAAGAACAUUUACGUUACUUGGAAAUGCUAAAGGAAGACUUUAAUAAGAAAUACUCAGAUGCACCGAUUUACGAUAAAACUGUAGAUGAUUUCGAUAUAGUCAAAGCUAUUGGAAAUGGGGCGUAUGGCGAGGUGUUUUUAGUAAGAGAUAAAAUUACUUUCACGUACCAUGCAAUGAAAGUUGUUGAAAAGAGUGUUGUAGUUGAGAGGAAUCAUGCUAAGCAUUUGAUUUUAGAAAAGAAAAUUCUCCAGUGUAUUCAAUUUCCAUUUGUAGUAACUCUAGACGUGGCUUUCAAAGACAAUCUGUAUCUUUAUUUUAUUCUACCAUAUAUUGCAGGAGGUGAAAUGUUUACAUACAUCCAAAAAUAUGGGAUUUUUUCCGAUAGUCUGACGAAAUUUUAUGCAUCCCAAGUAAUCUUAGCUCUGGAAUACUUGCACUAUUGUGAAGUGGUACACAGGGAUAUAAAGCCCGAAAAUAUUUUGAUUGAUUCCAACGGCUACCUUAAAUUAUGUGAUUUUGGAUUUUGUAAAGUGCUAAAGAAAAAGACAUGGACAUUGUGUGGAACUCCAGAAUACUUAGCGCCCGAAGUUAUUACAUCAAAAGGUUAUUCUUUUUCUGUUGAUUGGUGGGCUCUUGGUGUUUUGAUUUUUGAGAUGGAAGCCGGUCAUCCUCCAUUUUUUGCUUCUGAUCCUAAUAAACUUUAUGAAAAAGUGUUAGUAGGUAGUUACAAAUGUCCGGAGAACAUGUCUCCAGAAUGCAAGAAUUUGCUUAAAGGCUUAUUGCAAGUGGAUCCCUCAAAGCGGAUAGGCUCAUUAAAAGGUGGCAUUUACGAGAUCAAGAGCCAUACAUGGUUUAAUGGUCUAGAUUGGCAAGCAAUAUUUCAUCAAAAAUUAAUUGCCCCUUUUGUCCCUAUUUGUUCAUCACCAGGAGACACCAGCAACUUUCCAGAAAUUCCACAGCCUAAAUUAAGAAAGGUGUCAAAAUAUUUAUAUGAGGAAGAAUUUGCAGAAUUUUAA